AUGGAAAGGGAUUGGGCAAACUUAGAGUCACUUGCUCUCGACAUUAUUAUUUCGAAGCUAAUUGAACCAAUUGAUCACAUUUGGUUUGGUUCCGUAUGCAAGAAUUGGCACUCAAUUGCAAAGCUUAAUCAUCUAAACAACUACAAAUUUAGGAACAAUAUAUUGCCUAUGUUGAUGAUCCCUUCAAAGAAGAAUCCAAGAAAAAGAAGUCCAAGAAAAAGAAGUUUGUUUAGCAUAUCAGCAAACAGAGUGUAUGAAUUUCAAUUGACAGUGUUUUCUAAUAAGAGAGUUUGUGGUUCAACUCAUGGUUGGAUUGGAACCGUAGAUCAAAAUAAUGUCAUAACUUUGGUGAAUCCUUUUAAGGAUGUAGCUCCUAUUAUUCUACCUCGGAUUGAUGUUUAUGAUUCUUAUAAGUAUUAUGAAUUCGAUGUACGUAAGGUUACUUUGUCGGUUGACCCUAUAACAAAUCCAAAUGAUUACGUGGUUGCAGCAAUUUAUACUAACCGUGGGUGUCUUGCUUUCAUGAAAGCAGGACAAGAGUUUUGGACGUACAUGGAUGACAUUGAUGUUGCAUUCUACAAAGAUUUGGUGUAUGCUGUAUCUCGUUGGAAAUCAAUUGUCUCCUUUGAUCUUUGUAAUUCUACUUGCCCUUAUCGAUUUGAAGAGAGAAUUCCAAAUUUUGUUAGAGAACAAGGUGAAGAUGAAACUUACUCUUCACUAGCUUAUCUAGUGACAUCAUUGGAGGGAGAUCUGUGGAUGGUGAGAAGUGACUCAACGUCUAUAUCAGCUUCAUAUUUUUCAUGUUACGUACAAAAGAAUUCUAUUUAUUAUACUGAUAAUUUUAUCGACGAUACACCAGUUCGUUAUCCUCAAGUCCCUUAUGAUAUGGGCAUCUAUAAUGUAAAAGAUGGAAAUUUUGGUAUUCAUUGCCCUUUCAAACCUUAUUUCAAGGGUUUGGCACCUCCUGUAUGGGUUCUGCCACCUUUUCAGUGGGAUUGCUAA